CACCAAGGUACUCUAAAUUUCCCUUUCUCUAGCGAUUCUCAAAGCGCUAAUGAUCUCUAAAUAUUCGUUUUUAUUCUGUAUAUAAAGCAUUUUCAAAAUUUCGCUCGAUAGAAACCAACAAAUAGAUGGUGCGUAAUGGAGGAAGAGGUCAAGUAACUGUACGUGGAAGGUGCGAAACAAAACGCAGAGAUGAACGAGUUUGUACGCGCGUGUGAAAAGUACAUAACGUCCGAAAGCGGAUUCCAACAGAUGAGUUGCAGUCUGUCAGCGAUCCGGGAUGCGGUUCGUAUCGGUCUUUCUCGCGUGCAGUCUGAUCUGCCAGGCGAGUUCCUCAAAAUGUCCGGAACCGAGGAAACCGCAUCAAACGAGCUGCACGAUUUUCUACGAUUGCGUGAAUCUGCCCGACGGCGGUUACGUAUGGGUCCCGUCAAAGUGUUCCGAGGGCUUGGUGUUCCAACCAUAUUUACGGAUAUGCGUGAUUCCCGGUGAUAUUUGGACAUGCGACACGCUGUCGACCGAACGCGUCCCCCCGACGGAUACCAGCUAUCUCGGGUACACGCAGGAUCCUUCGGGAUUCUCCAAAACGAUCGACUCCUCCUAUGUGAUCGAUAAUUUCUCCGAUCCGACGACCGAGGCGGUGACCGCGUAUCCCUUAAUUGAAUUUGAAGAGUCAGACGAAACGAGGCACGUAGAUAAGAGCGUGAAAAAUGCGUCCUAUCACAGGGAGGAGAAUUAUCUGUACGUGUACACAAACAGCCAAGGGCAAUUGCCAUUGUCCCUAAUACAAGAAUACAAGAGCAUCGUGGACAGUCAUUUCAAAUGGAUGAACGAAUUGAUGAAUCAGUUGCACGCCUACAGCAACGAGGUAUCGGCUACGGUAUCGAGCUCGCUGACGGUACCCAUCGAAGACGCCACGACCGUAAAGCCAGAGACACAAAUUAUUACCAUAUUCGCGUCCCACAAUCGAAGGCAGAACGUAUCGUUGAACGACCUCGCGCUAGGCAGCCACACCGAGGGAAACGAGUUACAUAACGGUGAAUCGAUCAAACCGGUGGAAACCAACGGACUUCGUCCUCAGGUGGACAAUGUCAUCGCGACGACGACGGACAGCAUCGUUUCGACGGGAAGCGCCCUGGAGCUGCUAAUCGACAGCCUGGACUCCGACAAUAGCAUAAUAAGGAUCAGCGAUAAUCUUGGGAGCAAACAGUACCUCACGAUCGAACGGUACAGGGCUGUGGCGCAUCGAUUAACGUCACGGAACACCGUUAGUGUUGUGGCGUGCACGAGGAACGUCCGUCUACCGAACAGGACUGACUGUAACCGAUACUACACAUGCGAACCAAAAACGGCCGCCGUGAUAGAAUACUCCUGCCCGUCGCACACAGCUUUUAACAUGUACUCGCGAAUCUGCGACGUCGAGAGCGCGAAAACAUGCGACAGGAACAAGAUAUUCGCAAAUGAGAUAUUUCUCAAGCGUGCCGAGAACGAAAGUACGAAGACGUACGACGAGGGAGCGUCCGAGGAGAGAUUGUGUCGCGAGCUCGGUAAGAUAAAGGAUCCCGCUUCCAAUUCUCACUACUACAUCUGUUACAGUGUGCCGGAUUCCGAAGAGAUCAAGUCAAUCCGAAUGACGUGCCCAAACGCCCUGAUAUUCUGCCAGAGCAAGAAAGUGUGCACCACCAGACGACUGUGCGAUGCUUUGCCGUGAAGUAAAGUGUUUUCUUUAUUCUCUUUUUUUUCUUUC